AUGUCCCAACCAUCCCUUUCAGGAAAGUAUGUUGAAAUUCAAAAUGCUUUCAGAGAUCAGGUUGACAUGAUCAAAUAUAAGCGAACAGUACAGAUCAAGCUCUCGUCUUUCCCAUCAAAUGUUUCCCUAUCAGACAUAUUUGAGGCACUCAAUGAAAUAUGCCAUCAUCUAGGUGCACCAUUGCGCCUCGAAAGAAUCAUAUUGGCCGGAAACGAAUUGACAACACUUCCUCAAGAGUUCCUGUUGAUUAGUGGUCCAUCUUUGAGGUACCUAGAUCUUCACAAUAAUGCAUUCACUAAUUUGCCAUCGAUAUUAGCUAGCGCAUGUCCAAAUUUAGAGGGGUUAGAUGUUUCAGGAAACUACUUGACUCUGCUACCUCGCUCUGUGCUACAAAACUUACCUGAACUCAAAGUGCUUCUGUUGAAAAGAAACAACUUUUCAUUUUUGAACCCGUUUCUCGGAGAGAUGAUCAAUUUGGAAGCCAUUAACGCUUCUGAAAAUCCGCUUAUCAUGCCUUCUAUUGAAGUUAUGAAGAAUAUGCCUGGAGGUACAAACGAUUUAAAGGCAUAUUUACUUUCUCAUAGUACAAUUUUGGAACAGCAAAUUCAACAUCAAUUGCUGCAACUGCAAAAACAAGCGCCCUCUACUCCAAAUGUCUCUCGCACCCGAUCCUUUUCUGAUACCAGAUCUAAAUCUCUGAAAGCAAGUCGCAGAAUGGGAUUUAUCGUAAACAGUUCGAAAGCCACUCCCGAUGAAGCCAAUGGAUCUUCAACAACAUCUGAAUCUACACCCAGCAAGCCUGAACGUAAGUUGCUGUUACCUACGUAUGAUAAGAACGAUUUCAUCUCAUUCCUGCAGCCUCAAGCUGAUAUGUCAUUUACAUCCACAUAUACACUUUCGACAGCAUCAAAUUCUCGAUCAGUGUCUCCUUCAAGCAACUCUACUGUGACCACCAGCAGGCCUGUGAGUCGUAGUAGAAGCAGGUCUAACACUUUGAGAGAAAUUGACUCGGUGCUUGAGAGUAAUGACUUAGCAGAUUCGAAUCAAAAAUCCGGUGCAUAUUUUAGGCGUUUGUCAACAUUGCAGGAACGUCCAGGUGAUGAGGCAUUCAGAGCAUCUCAAGAAGAAUUGGUGGAAAAGGAGGACUCUACGAAAAGUGCUUCAAAGGAGGUUGGAAUUGAUGUUUCACCAACCAAGCCAAUAUUAAAAAAGUCAUCAAAUACAUCUCAACAUCAAUCGACCCCAGCUAAUGUGAAUUUACAGCUGCAGGUGUCAGGCAUCGACCAUUCUCAAUGCUCUCAUGACUUGAGUACCGCUUUAAAAGUCGCUAGAAAAAUGCUUUUUUCAUUUAGUGAAGUACACUUAUCGGUCAAGAGGUUUACUGGAUUUUGUUCCGAUAGAAAGGUAUCUAUGAAAGUGGUUCCUUUGCUCCAUACUACGAAGGGAAACAUUGACUUUCUCGUUGAAACUUUGGAAGCUGCGGAAGAUAAGGGUGAAAAUCAGGCUUCGAUUAUGGAUGCUGUUCAGACAUGUAUCAUAUCAUUCAAGCAAAUAUUCAGCUUGAUCAGUGAAAACUUUGCAACGUUUGUUGCAAAGAUUGAUGUUUGCUUUGUGAGGAUGGUCUACUUAACUCUUUUCGGCUCUUUCAAUGAAAUGCAGAAUGCAUUCAAACUAUUGCUUAAAACCUCCACUCCACAAAAAAUUCCCUUAGCACGCAAUCUCUCAUCUUUAGCGUUGGAUGGAAAGUCUAGAAUCCUCCAACCGACUUUUGAUGAAAGUGCCAACCCCAAUCAAGAUGCUGUUUUGAAUAAUCCUAACGCCGAUAGCAGUAUAAGCCCUACAGAGAUUGAUGAAAAAUUAUACCAAGCAAUUGCUUUGGCAACUACGAAUGCCCAAAUUGUUUUCGGACAGCUAACAAAGUCUAUAAACAAGAGUGCGAUUGCUUCGGCGAAUACAAAUUCGACGCAGAUGAAUCUGACUGUAUCAGCGAAAUUCAAAGAGUUAACAAGCGUUUGUUUAUCCUCCAUGGAUAUUACUAAGAGACUCAUUACCAAGCUUUCAACGAUUAGAUCCAAUCAGACGCAGCAGAAUCGAAAAUUGUUCUGGGAUGACAUAAACCUUUUUUUGAAGGCAAUCAUCCAAACUUUCUCCUCUGUUAAAGCGAUCAUGAAAGACGUGCCUAUUUUGAAUGAAGUACGUCAAUCGAUGGCUCACUUGACUAAAACGACCAAGGAUUUGACUCUUUUGUUGGAAGUGUCUUCGUACAAGUCAAUGUCGGAUGCUCUGGUACCACUUCCAGUAAACUCACUGGUUAAUUUGAAUGGUAUCCUUCUGCCAUCUACUGCCACAAGUACGAAUUCAGCGUCUACUGUCAAUCUCUCGCAGAUGGGGACUACAGCAGUGAGAACCCCGCUUGUGGCAACUGUAGGAUCUGCAGCAGCUCUGGCAAUUCUUCCUCGUUCGGAUUCACAUACGGCAAUGGCAAAUUCGAAUAACACGGUUCCCAUGUCAAUCAACAUUCCUCCUCUGGUUGCUUCGGAUGUUCUCAAUACAGGCUUACAUACUGCUCCUGUGCAAUCUAUGGAGCAGUUCUAUGCAAAGAACGUGAAUCCGUUUGACUAG